AUGAAUUCUAACUUAAUAAGGCGGCCAGUGAUAAACGUUUUUUCACCGAAGACACCAGAAGAAAAAAAAGACUUUUCACAGUCAAUUCGCCGUAUUUGUGGCUAUUUGACACAUAGGGAUCUUUCAGCUUUGAGUUGUGUCUGUAAGGCUUUUUAUGAAGUCCUUACAACCUUUGAGAACGAAAUAUGGCGAGUUUCAAGGAUCAAAUUCAAUUUGGCAAAAGGACUUCCUCCACCAAAAGAUUUACUUGAGCGUGAAUAUGCAAAGUUGUUUAAUUAUUCUAAGGGGUGUCAAAACUGUAAAUCUUAUAAGCAUCUGCGAAUAUAUUGGCUUCCUCGUAUAAGAUCAUGUCCAAACUGUAUUAAGAUAAAUGCAAUUAGUUACAGAGACUUUGCGGAAUUAAAUUGGUGGGGAUUUCCAGAAUGUAUAUUUAAUGUUGCACCGAUUAUCUCCUAUGAAUUUGAUUUCAAGGAUGGCAUGGAUUAUUAUUGGCUUCCUCAAGUUUAUUCUUUAGCUCAAGAAUAUAGAAACCUGAAUCUCAGUAUGCAGGGUGAAGAUGUUCUAAAUAAUUGGUUAUCGACAAAGAGAAAAAAAAAAGCUGAACUAUUAGAAGAUGCAUUUUUUCGACAUAAACAAUUAAUGAACACAGAAUUUUCAAUCCUUUUUCGGACUUCAUUUGAGCCGGGAGAAUGGAUUAAAAUGAUUGAAUCGGGAAUAAAUGAUGGUUCCAAGCAACGAAUUGGCAUUAAUGAAGCAACAAGAACGUCCGAGGAUCAAAAUAAUGUUGAUAAAGCUGUAAUUCCUUCUUUUGCACAGGGUGGUGAAUCGUUAUUAUCUAGUACAAAUUCAAUGAAUAAUACCAGCAAACGAAAGAAAAAACGAUCAAGGGCAGAAAAACGAUUAGAGAGGAGAGCAAGACUACUUCGAGAAAUAGAAGAGGAAGAAUAA